AUGGCUGGGACAAGUCAUAAGUCAAAACAGGGUGGACCUGAUGGAUCAAGCCAUGAUGACCUUGCAUAUCAUGGGAAUAAAGAGCAUCAAACACAGCCACGGAGCAGUGCACCAAUAACUGGGGUCAAGCGUCACAGAAGUAAAGCAAUUAUUUCAUGGGGGAAGCGUCCUGAUGAUAUUAUUAGUAACGAGAAUAGUAACGAGAGCCAAGCUACAGAUGCUGGGAAUACAAAUGUCAAAGGUGCAGAUGUUGACCAACCUCCAAAACCAAAACGCCAGAAGACGGGAGGAACUGAGGGUCGUAGGAACAGGGCAUCCCCUGCAAGGCUCUUCAAGUUGAACAAGGACUUGGUUCCUGACCAAAAGGGUGUCAUCAUUCGAAAAGAAUUUGGUGGAAUUCUGGACCUUGCAGCAAGUAGCAUGCCCGGAGAUCUUAGCCAGUGGAUAAUGAAGCAUUAUGACCCUGAGAUUUCGCAGAUAGUCAUUCCAGAAAGGGGGAAGAUUCAUGUAGAUGCCGCAAGUGUCCAUAGGAUAUGGGGUUUGCCAAAUAGGGGCAAGAAAGUGUGCUUCGACAAUCGGCCUGAAAUCACAAAGGCAAUGUACAAUAUUUACAACAUCACAUCCAAGAACUCCCCAACUCUCACAGAAUGGUGCAAGAUGAUCAUAGACAUGGGAGGAUCUUAUGAUGAUGACUUUCUCCGUGCUUGGCUAGCUCUUAUUUUUUCGUGCUUCCUUGCCCCUUCAACUAGUUUAAGUAUUUCCCCAAAAAGCUUCCCGGCGGUCAUGGAUGUCAAUGGAAUAACGGAAACCAAUAUAUGCCAGUUUGUUGUUGAUCAACUAAAGCUUGCGUUCACUUCAGAGCGUGGCAACAAGAAGGUCGUUCACGAAAUAGGUUACGAAGAUGAUGACCUCUAUUCUAUGUAG